GGCCCCCCUCGCCGCGCCGGGGGCUCUGCUAGCGCGGAGGGGGCUCCCCGCGGUGGGGAACGGCUGCGGGGCUGCAGCCCGGGCUCCCGGCCCGCUCCCCGCUCUCCUAAACCUAGGGAGCGGAGGGACCGGCCGCCGGCGAGGGGACGGGCGCCGCUUCCGUGACUUUACUCUUCCCGGGCUGCUGAAUCACGGGGAGGCCGCGGCUCCCGCCCUUCGCCCCCCGCGCCCGUGGGCACCCGACGCUGGGAUGGGGAUUGGGAGCCGCAGUGCCCGCGCCCGCCGAGCCGGGGGACGGUGGGGUGGCACCUCGGCGCGGGUCCCGGCUGCGUGGUUUCGCCACUGUUUUGCACCGUGGGGCUGCUGCUUUUACUUUCCUUUCAGCCCCGGGCGGAUCUCACCCGGAUUUCCUCCUCGGGAGGAAGCCUCAGGCGCUCCCUUUCCCCCGGCAGCCGGCUGGGGCGUUUCGGGUCCCCCGGGCAAAGCAGCAUCUCGACUGCCUUGGGGUGGGAUGAAGGAGGGAUGAAGAGUCCAGCCUUCCCCCGUGACUAUUAUGUUUUGCAGUUAUUAUGACUAUUAUUAUCAUCAUUGUUAUUAUUAGGGCCAGCGUGAGGCAAGGAUGGCUGCAGACGGGCUUGCCAGCAAGGCCCUGAAGGUAAAGCGGGAGCUGGGGGAGAACACGCCACUGCUGUCAGAUGAGGAGCUGAUGGGGCUGUCAGUGCGGGAGCUCAACCACCACCUGCGGGGCCUCUCCAAGGAGGAGGUGGCAAGGCUGAAGCAGCGCCGGCGGACGCUGAAGAACCGGGGUUACGCGGCCAGCUGCCGGGUGAAGCGCGUGUGCCAGAAGGAAGAGCUGCAGAAGCAGAAGAUGGAGCUGGAGUGGGAGGUGGACAAGCUGGCCCGGGAGAAUGCUGCCAUGCGCCUGGAGCUCGACACACUCCGCGGCAAGUACGAGGCCCUGCAGGGCUUCGCCCGCACUGUGGCUGCCCAUGGUCCCCCUGCCAAGGUGGCCACCGCCAGUGUCAUCACCAUUGUCAAGUCCGGUGCCAACCAGGCCGCCUACUCCUAGUGCUGGCCUCUGUCCCCCGGCCAGGCACAGUCUUCCCGGGGUGUCUUCCCCCACCAAUUGCCUCCGACCCCUUCCCCAACCUCGUCCCUGCCAGGACCUGUGCCUGAAAUCUUCCUUCUCCCAUCCCUUGACUUCCAGCUCCCCCACGCAGGGGGGGCUGCUGCAGUUUGGGUGCUAGGGUGGAGGACAGGACCCCAUUGGUGACCCCCAAGCCCCUGCAGCCCUUUCCACUCUGGAGGGUACAGGCAGGAGAGGGUGAGCCUGUGCAGGCAGCAGUGGGGAAGCAUCCCACAGCUCCAAGCUGGCAGGAAAACACCAAGCACCUCGUUUCUUUGGGGAGGGAAUGGGAGAGCUGAGUGUGGGCCAGGCGCUCCCAGGAGUAUGUGCCAGGAUGGGAAAGGAGAGGAGGGAGCAAGGGGUAGAAGGGAUAGGAUGUAGAAUGGAUAUCAGCAUCGGCCCCAGAACUUGGACCAUGGCUGGAGCAAGGGGAAAGGCGGCAGCAUGGUUGGAGUCUCGAGGGAUGGAGGUGGUGAGGGAAGGUGACAGGUCAGAGUGGGAGAGAAAGUAGCUGCAGGUUGGUGCCUGGUAAUGGUGAGCGGGAUGGGAAAGUGCUUUGGCAGCCUGCGGUGCUGCAGAGGUGAUGGUGAUGAAGGAAGCUAGGGGAUGGCUGGGGGACAUGAGCGGGGAGAAGCAGUGGUGCUGGUUUAUCCUUCUCCAUCACGCACAUCCUUCACGCCUCUUCCUGCCUAUGGGUUGCUCAGCCCAGCCGGGUGUCUCCAAAAUGCAGCAGCACUGGCAGGAAGGAAGUGGAGGCAGCUGGAGCAGAGAUAAACACUGUUUUGCUCAGCACAGGCCAGCUUGCACUGCCCCACCAAGCGCUCCCCAGCGCCCCACUGCCUACAAAGCCCAUGUAAAGGUGUUCCUGGCUCCCGAGAGUCAGAGUUGCGAAGGUGGAGGUACAGGAGGCAGGAAGCAGGGGCGAAGAGCAUCCCUGCUCCUGGGAGCUGCCUGGCAGGCAGGUAGGCUCCUCCCUUUGGUUUUCCUCCAGCUUGGACACCAUGUGGGACAACCAGCUUCUUCCGCAGGCUGAAAUGAUGCAGAAGAGUUGGGUUUGCUAAAUGCAGGCAGCACAGGGGAGGUAAUGGGAGGCAGACCCUCGCUGGCAUCUGCUGCUGUAGAUGAUUCCCUCCCUUUCUGCCCUUCUGCUCACGCCAGCCGCCCUCGGCUGCAGCCUCCAUCCCCUCCCCGGAGAGAGGUGCCCACCACUCGUGGAGGGGGCACUGUGGUUCGCAUCCCCCCACCCCGACUCCUCUUGGGUUUAUUUAUUGCACGAACAUAAGUUAUUUUCACGUCCUCUUUGCCAUUCCGCCUCUCGGCACAGCCAGGAUGUUGGUACAGAGCCGUACUUUAUAUUUUAUAUAUACAAAUCACAUUUUAUCUUAUACUUAUAUAGAGAAAAAAUAUACUUAUUUAUUUUCUGACUUACAGUACGUGUCCUACCCGACUCCUCUGUAUUUUGUAGACUUUACAAAUAAAGCAAGUUCUUUGUUGUUGGUUUUUUUUUCCACA